AUGGCGAUUACUACUAGUACUAAACGCCACAAGAACAAUAAGAACAAGAAAGGCGUCGAGUUGUCGGCCGUCGCCAUUGGCACAUCUAUGGAAACAGAACCAGAAGACUCUACAAUAGGGAACGAGUUUAACCUCAGUCCCACACAAGACUCAAUUCGUGACUGGUUUCUUCCAGUCUUGUCCACGGCGUUCCUCAUCACGGCCAACACCGUGGGAGCUUCGUGUCUCGUCUUGCCCGAACUGGCUGCAGGACCUGGAUUGCCACUCUUUGGAGGAGUCUCUCUUGUCACCUAUGCUAUCAACCUAGUCAGUGGACUCAUCAUGGCCGAAGUUGCCAUUCGACAGUAUGAAGCCAGUGGACAAGACGGCAGUUCUUCUUUCAAGGACUUUGCCGAUGCCUCCUUUCAAUCCGAACUCGUGUCCAGCGGUAUUGCGUGGGUCAGUAUCUUGACCAAUGCCGCAAUUCUCGCCUUUACGUUUGACAAGGCGGCACAAGUCGGGUCCCAUCAAUUGGGACUUGGAGAUCCUACCACUGUCCUGUUCGGAUUUGUGGCUCUCGUGGGAGUCACGCUCUCGUCAUUGUCACGCGAGAAUCUCUCCAAUGUCGCCAGUGUCUGUGUCGCCGGUCUUUUUGCCUCCUUUGCGGCGUUGCUGUUACCCGGACUUGCCGCUCUUCAAGAUCCCAUGGCCACAAUGAUGGCACCACCGGUCGUCGAUGCGCCGAUUGCAGCUGCCGCACAAGCCUUUCCCAUUCUCUUACUCAGUUUGGUCUAUCAGAAUAUCGUCCCGUCCGUCGCCAAGAUUCUCAACUACGAGCGAUCCAAGGUUACCGCCAGUUUGGCACUCGGCAGUUUCAUUCCACUCGCCAUGUACAUGUUACUCAACGGUGGAUGGGCAGUCACGGGAUUCUCCAUGGCUACCAUUGCCGGAUCGUCCAUUGGAACUACCAUGUCGGUUGCAGAGGAAUUUGAUAGUUUCUUUGCCUCGUCGUCCUCUGAAACAAGCCAAGAUGACACUGUUGAUGAUACCUUUUCAAUGCCGGCCGUGGCCGCGGCGGUCGCCGUCCCCUUGGCGGUCAUUCUCGGUAUGGGAGAUGGUGUUGACAUGACGGCCGCACUGGGAUUGGCAGGAUCCAUUGGAACGCCAUUGCUUUAUGGGGUCGUACCGGCGGCCAUGGCCUACCAGCAACAAGAACAAGACCGAUCCUUGCCCGCAGAGGCCAGUUUGGCUGCGCUCGCAUUGGCGUCCACCGGAAUGGUCGGACAAACGCUCGUCGAACAAGUGUCGGCUAUUGUCGCAUAA